GCUUUUCAUGUCGCGCUACCAAAAUGCAGCGCUCCGUAGCUGUCGUGGCCGCUCUGUUGGCCGUGGCCUCCGUGGCCCAUGGACAGUACGACCUGUACGCCUGGCCUAACCGCAGCACAAUUGUGCACCUCUUCGAAUGGAGGUGGGAGGAUGUGGCGCGCGAAUGCGAGGAAUAUCUUGCUCCCAACCACUUUGCUGGCGUCCAGUUGUCGCCCGUGGCUGAGCACCUGAAGUGCGACGAGCGUGGCCGUCCUUGGUGGGAAGUCUACCAGCCUUUGUCUUACAACAUCAUCACCCGUUCUGGCGACGAACUGGCCUUUGCCGAUAUGGUGAGUCGGUGCAACGCCGUUGGCGUCAGGAUCAUUGUCGACGUUGUGCUGAACCACAUGAGCGGUGACUGGGAUCCUGCCAUCGGCAUUGAUGGAACGACUGCCGACACCGUGGCUCGAGACUACCCUGGAGUUCCCUACACAGUCGAACACUUCAACCCUUUCUGUGAGGCCAACAACUAUCAGGAUGCCAACAUUAUCCGUAAUUGCGAAAUCGCCCAACUUCAUGAUCUGAACACGUCAAUCGCCUACGUCAGGGACAAGCAGGUUGAAUACCUGAACAAGCUCGUCGGACACGGAGUCACUGGAUUUAGAGUCGACGCCGCCAAACACAUUUGGCCCGAGCACUUGGCCGACGUCAUGAACCGCGUGAACGACCUGCCCGAAGCUCAGGGUUUCCCUCCAGGCGCUCGACCCUUCGUCGCUCAGGAGGUGAUCGACUUCGGCACAGGGGAGGCCGUCACCAAGGACGAGUACUACGGAAUCGGUUACAUCACCGAGUUCCGCUACGGCUCCGAACUGGGCCGCGCCAUGCGAGGCAACAACCCUCUGAAGUGGUACUUUGACUUUGGCGAGAACUGGGGAUUCGCUCCCGAUAAGUACGCCCUUGUCUUCAAUGACAAUCACGACAACCAGCGCGGACACGGCGCCGGAGGCCAGAACGUGGUCACCUACAAGGACCCCAAGUGGUACAAGCAGGCGCAGGCCUUCAUGCUGGCCUGGCCCCACGGCUACCCGAGGUUGAUGUCGAGCUUCGACUUCACCGACACCGAAAUCGGACCGCCGAUGGACGCCAACGAGAACAUCCUCCCGGUUACUACCAACCCCGACGGCUCCUGCGGAAAUGGCUGGGUCUGUGAGCACAGGUGGAACGCCCUCACUCAGAUGGUCUCCUUCAGGAACACUGUUGUUGGCACAAAUGUGACUUUAUGGUGGGACAAUGGAAACAACAUGGUCUCCUGGUCUCGGGAAGGCCUCGGCUUCAUUGUGAUCAACGGCGAAGCUGGUGAUCUGGAUGAAACUCUCUCGACUGGCCUCCCUGCCGGCACUUACUGCGAUGUCAUCUCGGGCAAGCUCGAGAAUGGCGCCUGCACUGGACUGACAAUCGUGGUCGCCGCUGACGGUACCGCGGCAAUCUCUCUGCCUGGCGCUUCUCAGGAGGGCGUUAUGGCCACCCAUAUUAACGCUAAGAUUGCGUAAGAGUGCAAAGAACAUCAUCCUUGAGUGAAAAAUCUGUACAUAUUGAAAUCUGAAUAAACUGUGUAGCUCAUAAUCAGUAUGAAAGUUUGUAUUUUUUUUCUAUAAAAUAAAGACUUUUCUUGCAUACAAAAAUA